AUGGGUCUUACAAAGCAGUAUUUACGUUACGCACCGAGUGGAACUUUUAAUGUGAUCGCUAGCACUGAUUGUAAUAGCUCACAUGUGUCAUUAAAUGGUGUUAGUGGACGAUACAUUGCUGUCGGAGCAUGUGAACAUGUUGUGGUUUGGGAUAUGAGGCUGGGCGAGAAGGCUCAAGUUCUUCCCGGAGACAACGUAGUUGUAUCACAAAUAGCAGCUAGUCCUAGUGGUAACCACGUAGCAGUGGGCUAUGUAGAUGGAAAUAUAAAUAUUUAUGAACUCGUCAAUAAUGAAAUUGUAUGUGUGUUUGCUGGUCACAAGUCUGCUAUCACAUGUUUGCAGUAUGAUGAACAGGGACACCGCUUGGUGUCGGGUGCUAAGGAUACCGAGGUGAUCUUGUGGGAUGUUGUAGCAGAAACUGGUAAGGCUCGCUUUAGUGGCCAUAAAGGAGCUAUAACCAGUGUGCUGUUUGUAAAUAGCAAGAAUUGUGUCAUCAGCACGUCUAAGGAUACAUUCACAAAAUUCUGGGAUAUAGAAACAAAACACUGUUUUAAAACUUUGGGAGGACAUCAAAUGGAAAUAUGGUCUGCAGUACUUUUAAAAGAGGAAAGGUAUUUAGUUACUGGCAGCAUGGAUCAGGAGUUGAGGGUAUGGAAACUAAACUGGACAGCUGAUGUCAAAGAUGAAGAAAAGCUAGCCAGACAACUUGAAAUCGUAAAAUUAGAAGAAAAUGACACUAUUGAAGAUUCAUCUGUAUUACAGUGUCACCAAUUAGGCACUCUUGUGAGAGGAGGACGAGGCCGCGUGGUUGGCCUCUCUACAGACCCUGGACAGAGUGUGUUAGCAUGCCAUGGUACUGAUGCACUGCUCGAAUUAUUCUCCUUCUGCUCCGAUGAUGAGGCAAAACUUAGAAUGGAUAAACGAGUCAAGAAACAAAGGAAAAAAUUGGCGAAAUUAAAAGAAGCCGGCGAAUUAGAAACUGAAUCUACAGAUGUACCGGAACUGCUCACAUUAUCUGAUGAAGUGAGACGUCUGUUGAGCAUCAAGUUAGAUGCUAAACUGAAGUCUACCACCCUCCUGCUAGGCACUACUGGGGAACUCCGUGUUGGAGUCACUCUAGCCAACAAUACUGUGGAAUUACAUAGCUUGAAGAUUACUGAAGGAAAUCAAGUACAAUGUCUCAAACAGAUUACACAGCCUGGUCAUCAGAAGGACCCGCGGUGCGUGGCUAUUAGUUCAGAUAAUUUAGCGGUAAUCUCAGCCUCUGCGGAUUCUGUAAAACUAUGGAGUAGAUCGACACAAGCCUGCCUCCGUACAAUCCCAGUGACAUGUGGUCGUCCGUGCAGUAUAUGUUUCGCACCGGGCGACAGACAUGCGCUGGUUGGGUGCGCAGAUGGUUCCCUGCUUCUGGUCGACGUGGGCGCCGGGAAGGUUCUAGAACAAGUGCCUGCGCAUACCGCUGAGUGCACCACUGUUGGACUAACUCCUGAUAUGCGAGGUUGCUAUUCUGGCGGCGGUGACAAGACGGUCAAACUCUGGCAGUUUGAACUUAUACCAGAUCCCACAGGAGAAUCGAAAGCGAAGGUGCUAUCACUCCUACACACAAGGACCUUGGAACUGGAGGAGUCUGUUUGUGCAGUGAAAAUAAGUCCCAACAACAAAUUCAUUGCAGUAGCGUUGUUAGACUCUACCGUCAAAAUCUUCUUCCUUGACACUUUUAAGUUCUACCUAUCCCUAUAUGGGCACAAGUUACCAGUUUUGUGUCUGGACAUCAGCUACGAUUCCAACAUCAUAGCCACUGGCUCGGCAGACCGAAACGUCAAGAUUUGGGGCAUGGACUUUGGAGACUGUCACAAAUCCAUCUUUGCACAUAAUGACUCCGUGACUUCAUUACAAUUCGUGCCUUCAACACAUUACUUCUUCACUGCAUCGAAAGAUGGAAAAGUGAAGCAGUGGGACGCGGAUACAUAUGAUAAUAUAAUUACGUUACAUGGUCACGCGGGCGAGUGCUGGGCUGUGUGCGUGGGGUCGGGCGGGCUGCACGCGGCGUCGUGCGGCGCGGACCGCGCGCUGCGCCUGUACUCGCGCACGGACGAGCCGCUCGUACUCGGGGACACCGACGAGCAGGAGGAAGGACUGGCCACUGGAGAACAACACGCGCCAGUACCCGGCUUACCUGGUCUCAAUAUACCAACGAAGAAAACUAUCGGAGCAGAGAAAGCGGCGGACUCGAUAAUGGAAUGUCUGUCAGUGGGUGCGGAAUACAAGCGCGAGAUAGCAGAGGCGCGCGGCCAGUACGUGCAGCCCCCUCUAUUGAUGGCGGCUUACAACUGCACCACUCCCGAACACUUCCUCGUCGAGACACUCAAGAGGAUACGGUCGAGUGAUUUGGAAGAGGCUCUUCUAUUGAUCCCGUUCAGCGUAUCGUGCGAUAUAAUGAAGAUGUUACCGAAACUCCUGGACCGCGGCGACCACACGGAGCUGUUCUGUCGCCUCGCAGUGUUCCUGCUGAAGAUCCACCACGCACCCAUCGUGGCCAACCAGGCACUACUCAAGCAUAUGAUCCAAAUACAAGCCAAAGCUAACAUGCGGCUCAAUGAGUUACGAGACAUGGUUGGCUACAACGUGCACGCGCUGCAGUGGUUGCGGCGCGAGGCCGAGGCGGCCGACAACGAGCAACUCUUCCGCGAGGCAUUCACUGAGAACCGCAAGCGAGACAAACGGAGACGGGCGCGACAAGCCGUCAAACGACCCAUCGUUACUGUUACCUAG